UGAAAUUUUAACUAUAUUAUAUUAAAAAGCAAAGAAGAGGCUCGUGUGUGAAUUUGUGCAAGUCAUGAAUAUUAUUUCGGCUUCGCUGCGCUGUUGGCAAACCAAGUCGAUUCUAUCGCGUGUCGACAGUGAAUUAAUAUUCGCUGCACUUCCAAGACGGCUCACCACACACAGGAAUACUUUUGCAACCUUGGCUUCAAAAAUGAAGAAGGAGAAACAGAAACAAUCUGGCGGCGGUGGUGGCGAUAAUAAGGCUAAAGAAUUGAGCCCCUUGCCCAAGUACAUUGAUGAUCGCAAUGCGAUAUGGGAAAAAUGCAAAACUGAAUACGCGGCUUUUCUAGAAGCACAGCCAAAGACUCCAAUCAAAGUAACCUUGCCGGAUGGUAAACAAAUUGAUGCUACUGCCUGGCAGUCGACCCCGUACGAUGUUGCAAAGGGAAUAAGUCAAGGGCUUGCUGAUAAUACAGUAAUCGCUAAAGUAAACGGCGAACUGUGGGAUUUGGAUCGAGUACUCGAGAAAGAUUGCAAAUUGCAGCUCCUGAAGUUCGACGAUCCUGAAGCGCAAGCAGUGUUUUGGCAUAGUUCGGCUCAUAUCAUGGGUGAGGCGAUGGAGAGAAUUUAUGGAGGGCUGUUAUGUUACGGGCCACCAAUUGAAUGUGGCUUCUAUUACGAUAUGUUCAUCGACGGCGAAGGGAUUUCCACAAAUGAUUACCCCGCCUUGGAAAACCUUGUUAAGCAAAUUACUAAGGAGAAGCAGCCUUUUGAGCGGCUAGAGAUGAAAAAAUCCGAUUUACUCGAAAUGUUCCGCUACAAUGAGUUCAAGCAGCGAAUCUUGAACGAAAAAGUCGACACGGAUACUACGACAGUCUACAAAUGUGGACCCUUGAUUGAUUUAUGUCGAGGACCUCAUGUGCGACAUACUGGAAAAGUCAAAGCUCUAAAAAUCACAAAGAAUUCGUCCACCUAUUGGGAAGGCAAAGCAGACGCUGAAAGCUUACAACGUGUCUAUGGCAUUUCAUUUCCCGAUCCUAAGCAAUUAAAAGAAUGGGAGAAGGUCCAAGAAGAGGCUGCAAAACGUGAUCACCGGAAAAUUGGCAGGGAGCAAGAAUUGUUCUUCUUCCAUGAGUUGUCACCAGGAUCUUGUUUCUUCCAACCGCGAGGAGCUCAUAUUUACAAUACAUUAAUGAAUUUCAUCAAGGCAGAAUAUAGGAAACGAGGUUUCCAGGAAGUCAUUACACCGAACAUAUACAAUGUGAAAUUGUGGCAGACAUCUGGUCAUUGGCAGCAUUAUGCUGAGAAUAUGUUCUCGUUUGAUGCUGAGAAAGAGACAUUUGCCUUGAAGCCCAUGAACUGUCCAGGUCAUUGUCUGAUGUUUGACAAUCGUACAAGAUCGUGGCGGGAGCUGCCGCUGAGAAUGGCUGAUUUUGGUGUAUUACAUCGGAAUGAAUUGUCUGGGGCUUUGACUGGCUUGACAAGAGUUCGACGUUUCCAACAGGAUGACGCGCAUAUUUUCUGUGCACCAGAACAAAUCAAAUCGGAAAUGAUGGGCGCGUUGGACUUUUUACGGCAUGUCUACACCAUUUUCGGGUUCUCCUUCAAUUUGGUAUUAUCUACACGCCCUGAGAAAUUCCUCGGUGAUAUAGAGCAAUGGAAUGAGGCGGAGAAGGCUUUGGCUGAAUCUUUGGAUGAGUUUGGAUUGCCGUGGAAGGAGAAUCCCGGUGAUGGAGCAUUUUAUGGACCGAAAAUUGAUAUUACUAUUCUAGAUGCAUUGAAACGAGCUCAUCAAUGUGCUACAGUUCAAUUGGAUUUCCAGUUACCAAUAAGAUUCAAUCUUUCAUACGUCUCGGAAUCUGGUGAAAAGAAACGCCCUGUGAUUAUUCAUCGAGCAAUUCUAGGGUCUGUGGAACGGAUGAUUGCCAUUCUAACUGAGAAUUUCGCGGGUAAAUGGCCAUUCUGGUUAUCUCCACGGCAAGUUAUGGUUGUGCCUGUUGGACCCGCAUUCGAUGAGUAUGCGGAAUCUGUAAGAAAUCGGCUUCACCUUGCUGGAUUUAUGGCUGAAGCUGAUCUAGAUGCAGGCGAUACCAUGAAUAAGAAGAUCCGCAAUGCACAAUUGGCACAAUUCAACUUUAUCUUGGUUGUUGGCGAGAAGGAGAGAUCUUCGGGAACUGUGAACGUCCGUACACGUGAUAACAAAGUGCAUGGUGAGGUUUCAGUGGACGAUUUGGUUGUAAAAUUACAAAAGAUUCGUGAUGAUUUUACCAUUGGAGAAGAUAAUUUCUAAAAUGGCGCUUGGCGCCCCACUUUCGCUGUUCCUUAUUAGCUGCGAACUAAAUAUUUAUUAAUAAUUUAUGAGGAUUGAACAGUGUCGCAGCAACUACGUAUUUCCCUCUUUCUUUCUUAUGAUUUUGGCUUUUGGAUAUGUCAGUAUCGGAUUAUUUUUUAGAAAGAGAAUGAAAAAAUAAAAUAGUAGAUAUUGAUACUUGAA